AUGGUAGCUUCAUUCACUCUUGGCCUCGCCCUGCUUCCGCUGCUUAUCGGAGCAUACGAAACCGACCCUCCGACUACCGCAUCUCCAGAUACCAUCUCGGACUGCACAUGGUGGCAGGUCGCUACAGAGACUGACACAUGUGCGGGUAUAAGUGAAUACUGGGGCAUCACAGAAGUGCAGUUCAAGACAUACAACCCAAGUCUAGUAGAUGGCUGCAACCUCGUUUCGGGAAAUUCUUACUGUAUCGAACAAAACUAUGGUAUAGUCCCAACGCCAUCUGCGACUAGUAGCUCCGUAACGAGCGCUAGCCAGACACCCACACCCACUCCAACGACACCGCUGGAGAUUUGUGAGGCUGAAGCUGGUGGCUACAAGAGAUACUGUCCUCGUUGUUUGUCCCGCUGUGAGAACGAGACGAAGUACAUGGAUCAGUGUUUCUACAGUACGUUUUUGGCUAUCAAUAGCUGGGACAGUCAGUGUUGGCAGCAUGGAGGCAGCGACUGUGCCAAUAGGGCGGUUGAUGAAUACUGUCCAGACCAGUAG